UUUGGCAUUAAAAUUCGCUAUGAAAUUCACAUUAAAAAUAAAAAUAAAUUGUAAAUAAUGAACGCACCAGAUACUAAUUUUAAAAAUGACAUCAACACGAUCAUUUUGAAUCUCAUGAAGUUGCUGCCGAAGAAGAAGGAUGCGAAAUUGUAUAAAGACGACAAGUUCGUGCGGCAUAUGAGCGGUAUACACAGCGAGGCGAAGAGCGUCUUUCCCUUAUGCUUCAGCGGGCUCAGGUUGGGGGCUCAGAGCGAGUUCGGAACCGUUAAACUCGUCCAGAACUACAGAUUCGGAAGCGACAGGCAGUUCGAGUCUAUCACCAGGUUAUUACAGAAGGAGGUGGCUCCCAAACGCGUCGACGAUGGCUUAGUCUUAGACCUGACGCGAUCAGCAGUUGCGACAUACACCAAGAAAGUGAACAACGGCCACGUCCGCUUCAUAUCUACGCUCAGCGACCUCACAGCAUCAGAGAACGAGAUGGUAGUGGAGCGGAGAAACGAGUCCUACAUGUCUCUCACUUCGUUUUCCAUAAAGAACGGUAAUUUUGCCAACCUAAGGAUCCUGACGCAAUACAUGUAUAGACUUUUACCAGUUCUUUGCGUAGGCGGAGAGUUCGCUUUCAGUCCUUUCGGCGAGAACUCCCCGAAGAUAUCCUUCGGCUACAGGUACGAUCUGCCGUCCAUGGCCAUAUCUGGCACCAUCAGCCAACUGGGCCUCCAGAUUUGCUUCUUCAACGAGUUGUCCAAGGAAUUGCGAGUGGCGACAGUAGCCACGCAGACGCUUCGAGGCACAGUUUUGAGUCUGGCACUGCAUAAGGUCAGAGCUGACUCUGAUCUUAAAGUUUUCGUUGACUCCAGGUGUUGCGUUGGAGCUACUUUCGAGAAGAAUUUGCUCUUUGAAGAAGCGACUGCCACUCGUCUGAUUAAAAUGAGAGCUAGCUCGCUCGUGGACAAGCGGGGAAGGAUACAUUUUGGUCUAGGAUUCGAUUUGGAUUUUUGAUGUUUUUAAAAAUUCAGUGGUGAACUACAGUUAAUGAUUAUUAUAUGAAAUAAAAUCCUAUUGCAAUCACCUAUUUACAAAUUGUCUAUGAAUAUCCUAUACAUUCAAAUUGUGCUUUGUACGAAAAAGAGCCAAAAAUAACCUUAUAACUUUGCAAUAGGUUUGAAAAUGAUCGUUCGAAUAUUAUGUCGGUUAUAAUACUAUUUAAAAUGGGUGUG